AUAUUUAAUGCCAUUUAACAAAGAAAAAUCAACCAAAAAAAAUGAGUUCGCGUGCCACCUCUGACACGCGUGUCAGGUUCGCCAUCACUGGCAAUUUGUAUGUAAUUUGGAUUUUGAGCUAAGGGUUCCUGACCUGGAUUCUGAGAUGACUAGCACACGUGAAAAGGUACUUCUGUGCACUGGAAUUUCUUCUGUGGGCUCUUUCCCCUCCGGCCUUCAGGAAUUGCCUGCGCCUCCGAAUCAAAAGCAGAUUCUCUCUGGCUUGGGGGUAGGGGGGAGAGUACAGAGGUCUCACAAGCAUCAUCAUCAGCCGCAUACUUGGUCGCAGUGACUUGGGACAGUGGUUGUAGCAAUCAGGAGGCUGGCUCUCCCAUUGGCUUCUGUGUGACUUGGAACAAAUCUCAUUUACUCUCCGGUUUUCCCAUUGAUGUUGUGGUGAGACCCCUGCCCAGACCACUCAUAAGGCAUUGCAGUGCUUAGCAAGUUGGUGCUCUCUGCAGGGUGCUUUGAGCACUUCUGAGAGUGAGAGAUUCUGUAUUAUACAGCUCAACCUUCUUCUCGCUUCUCAAACUCUGUCUCAGGAACAGACCGAAUUCAGCUUAGGUAGCAGUGAUUAGCACACUUGUUUAAGGAACUGAAAGGAGUAGCUUAUCCGUCGAUCUUGUUCUGUUUGUCUGGGCCUUGUUUUUUAUUAGUUUUCCCCUUUCAGUGGCAAGACAGAAAUAGCGAUGACAAUUGUAGAAAGUUAAGCAGAGGUCCCGGGGGAUAGUGGAAUAAACACUCGGUGAGCGAUAGCUAACCUUAGGCUGAUACCAGCCCUAAAUUUGUGUGAUCUCAGACAUGUUACUUAGCUUCCUGGUGCCUUAAUUUUCUUCAAAUAUGAACUGAUGCUGGUGGAAUGACUGACUUGUCUGUCUGCCUCGGUGACUAUGAUGUCAGGGCUUAUAGAAACUUUAUUUGCUCUAGAUCAGGGGUUCUUAACAUCUGUGACCCAUGUAUCUCUUGGCCAUCUAAUGAAUCGUGAGGACCCCUUCUGAGAAUCAUGGUUUUUUUUAAUGCAUAAACAGAAUUACAAAUGACACGGAAACAGUAAAAUGUUAAACAAUUGUGAUAGUCAUUUACAUGCUUCUUUAUGAUGCAUUAAAUAGCAAAAAGUAGCUACAGGUCUAACAAUACUAUAAUUUUGAAAUAGUGAUGAGUGUAAAUACUCUGUGGCCAUAUCUGCAGGGACUGUAUGUGAUGUGAAAGUGUCUGUGGUUUCUCUUGGUGUCGCAGUCACAGGACAGCUGAUACUGCCGCCAGUUGUCACCUAUGUCCACAACUGAGGGCAGUGCUAACUUUUACUCCGAGGUUAGUGACUGUGAAGAUGGAAGUUCCCCAGCAAGUUCACAGUUGCCCUCCCUCCCUGGCCUCUCCACAGACCCCUGGGGAGGCAGUAGAUCCUAGAUUAAGAAUUCCUGCUCUAGACCAACUGAUUUUCAAAAGUCAAAUGAUCUUAUGGCCGCUUGCAUUCUAAGCUUUGCAAUAUUUUCUCAGCAUCUCCGCCAUGCUAAGAGCAAGGGCACAGAGGAGAUCUAAAAUAAAAGGGCGUUUUGCAGCCAGUGGUGACUGUUCUUGGUUGUGGAGAAAGUGAAAAACGAUGAUUAGAAAGAGGCUUUUGCGUCUGCUGGAUUCUGCUGUUUAUAAACUACCCAAGUCUUCGUCGCGAUGGACUUGGGCCGCAGCGCUCCAGCUUACCUUGACUGAACGUGGGACUAACCGGCGUCACUCCACGUUGACCUAGAACUUCCCAUCUGCGUGGGAAGCAGAGCCCGUUCUUGGGAAGCUCCUGCGCCCUGAUGUAGAAGAGAAAGCGGAUUGGCCAUCUUGAAAGGUGAGGGUCACCUUUGAGCCAGGGCUUCCUGGGCUCCUCUGACUUCUCACCUCCAGGAUGAGCACUGCCGUGUCGUGACCCUGGGGGUUUGGUGUGCCCUGGAGAUGCGAGAUUUUCCUUUGGCGGCAGGAGGCACACACCCAGAGGAUGCUGGAGCUGCGAGGGGAAAGGACCCACUUCCACAGCGGAGGAAAACAAAGAGGAAAAAGGCACCGAGGCGGCCAGCGCUGAGGGGCGCCCCCUGCUCGCAGUGGGCCUCUGCCACUGCCCUGCGCAGCCGUUCCUGCUGCCGCCCGAGAGGAACUCGGGGAGCCCGUCCUGCCUGUGACUGCAAGCUCAGGAUUUCAAUCAAUGCAUUCCAGUAACCCCAAAGUGAGGAGCUCCCCAUCAGGAAACGCACAGAGUAGCCCUAAGUCAAAGCAGGAGGUGAUGGUCCGUCCCCCCACAGUGAUGUCCCCAUCUGGAAACCCCCAGCUGGAUUCCAAAUUCUCCAACCAGGGUAAACAGGGGGGCUCAGCCAGCCACUCCCAGCCAUCCCCCUGUGACUCCAAGAGUGCGGGCCAUACCCCUAAAGCGCUCCCUGGCCCAGGUGGGAGCAUGGGGCUGAAGAAUGGGGCUGGAAAUGGUGCCAAGGGCAAGGGGAAAAGGGAGCGAAGUAUUUCCGCCGACUCCUUUGAUCAGAGAGAUCCUGGGACUCCAAACGAUGACCCUGACCUGAAAGAAUGUAAUUCUGCUGACCACAUAAAGGCCCAGGACUCACAGCACACACCACACUCGAUGACCCCGUCAAAUGCUACGGCCCCCCGGUCUUCUCCCCCCUCCCAUGGCCAGACUACUGCCCCAGAGCCCGCAGCUGCUCAGAAGACUCCAGCCAAAGUGGUGUAUGUGUUUUCUACUGAGAUGGCCAAUAAAGCCGCCGAAGCGGUGCUGAAGGGCCAGGUGGAAACAAUCGUCUCUUUCCACAUCCAGAACAUCUCCAACAGCAAGGCAGACCGAAGCACAGCCCCUCUGAACACACAGAUAUCUGCCCUUCGGAAUGAUCUGAAACCUCUCCCACAACAGCCCCCAGCUCCGGCCAACCAAGACCAGAAUUCUUCCCAGAAUGCCCGGCUACAGCCAACUCCACCCAUUUCGGCACCAGCACCCAAGCCUGCCGCGCCCCUGCGUCCCCUGGACCGGGACAGCCCCGGGGCAGAAAACAAACUGCUUCCUUCGGUGGGCAGUCCUGCCAGCUCCACUCCACUGCCCCCAGAUGGCACUGGGCCCAACUUGACGCCCAACAACCGAGCGGUGACCCCCGUCUCACAGGGGAGCAGUAGCUCCUCCACAGAUCCCAAAGCCCCGCCGCCGCCUCCACUGCCCAGUGCAGAGCCCCCCGCCCUGGGAGAGAACCCCGAUGGCCUGUCUCAGGAGCAGCUGGAGCACCGGGAGCGCUCCUUACAGACGCUCAGAGACAUCCAGCGCAUGCUUUUCCCCGAUGAGAAGGAAUUCACAGGACAGAGUGGGGGGCCCCAGCAGAAUCCUGGGGUAUUAGAUGGGCCUCAGAAAAAACCGGAAGGGCCGAUACAGGCCAUGAUGGCUCAGUCCCAAAGCCUAGGUAAGGGACCUGGGCCCCGGACAGAUGUGGGAGCUCCAUUUGGCCCCCAAGGACAUAGAGAUGUGCCCUUCUCUCCAGAUGAAAUGGUUCCACCUUCCAUGAACGCUCAGCCUGGGCCCAUGGGCCCCGACCACCUGGAUCACAUGACCCCUGAGCAGAUAGCCUGGCUGAAGCUGCAGCAGGAGUUCUAUGAGGAGAAGAGGAGGAAGCAGGAGCAGGUGGUGGUGCAGCAGUGCUCCCUCCAGGACAUGAUGGUCCAUCCGCACGGGCCUCGGGGGGUGGUCCGGGGGCCGCCCCCUCCGUACCAGAUGGCCCCCGGUGAAGGCUGGGGGCCUGGGGGUGCAGAGCCGUUUGCUGAUGGGAUCAGCAUGCCGCAUUCUCUGCCCCCGAGGGGCAUGGCUCCCCACCCCAAUAUGCCAGGGAGCCAGAUGCGCCUCCCGGGCUUCGCAGGGAUGAUCAACUCUGAAAUGGAGGCGCCCAGUGUCCCCAACCCAGCAUCGAGACCAGGUCUUUCUGGAGUCAGUUGGCCGGAUGAUGUGCCAAAAAUCCCAGACGGUCGGAACUUCCCGCCUGGCCAGGGCAUCUUCAGCGGCCCCGGCCGAGGGGAGCGCUUCCCGACCCCCCAGGGCUUGUCUGAGGAGAUGUUUCAGCAGCAGCUGGCAGAGAAGCAGCUGAGCCUCCCUCCGGGGAUGAGCAUGGACGGCAUCAGGCCCAGCCUGGACAUGAACAGGAUGAUCCCCGGCUCCCAGCGACACAUGGAAUCGGGGAACAACCCCAUUUUCCCUCGGAUCCCGGUGGAGGGCCCUCUGAGUCCUUCCAGGGGGGACUUUCCGAAAGGAAUGCCCCCGCAGAUGGGCCCUGGGCGGGAACUGGAGUUUGGGAUGGUUCCCGGUGGGAUGAAGGGAGAUGUCAGUCUGAACGUCAACAUGGCAUCCAACUCUCAGAUGAUACCUCAGAAGCUGAGAGAGGCUGGGGCGGGCCCUGAGGAGAUGAUGAAACUGCGCCCCGGGGGCGCGGACUUGCUGCCCGCUCAGCAGAAGAUGGUGCCCCUGCCGUUCGGGGAGCACCCUCAGCAAGAGUAUGGCAUGGGCCCCAGGCCGUUCCUCCCCAUGUCUCAGGGUCCAGGCAGCAGCAGUGGCUUGCGGAAUCUCAGAGAAUCCAUCGGGCCCGACCAAAGGACUAACAGCCGGCUCAGUCACAUGCCACCACUACCUCUCAACCCUCCCAGCAACCCCCCGAGCCUCAGCACCGCUGCUCCCGUCCAGCGUGGCCUGGGGCGGAAGCCCUUGGAUAUCUCCGUGGCAGGCGGCCAGGUGCACUCCCCGGGCAUUAACCCCCUGAAGUCUCCCACGAUGCGCCAGGUCCAGUCCCCGAUGCUGGGCUCGCCCUCCGGGAAUCUCAAGUCCCCCCAGACUCCCUCGCAGCUGGCAGGCAUGCUGGCGGGCCCAGCUGCUGCUGCUUCCAUUAAGUCCCCCCCUGUCUUGGGGUCUGCUGCUGCUUCGCCUGUUCACCUCAAGUCUCCGUCACUUCCUGCCCCGUCGCCCGGAUGGACCUCCUCUCCGAAACCUCCCCUCCAGAGCCCCGGGAUCCCUCCCAACCAUAAAGCGCCCCUCACCAUGGCCUCCCCGGCCUUGCUGGGAAGCGUGGAGUCAGGUGGCCCCCCGCCGCCCACAGCCAGCCAGCCUGCCCCUGUGAACCUGCCGGGCAGCCUCCCUUCCAGCACACCGUACACCAUGCCUCCAGAGCCGACCCUGUCCCAGAACCCGCUGUCCAUCAUGAUGUCUCGAAUGUCCAAGUUUGCAAUGCCCAGCUCUACCCCGUUAUACCACGACGCCAUCAAGACCGUGGCCAGCUCGGACGACGACUCCCCUCCCGCUCGUUCUCCCAACUUGCCAUCCAUGAAUAACAUGCCAGGACUGGGCAUUAAUACACAGAAUCCUCGAAUUUCAGGUCCAAACCCCGUGGUCCCGAUGCCAACCCUCAGCCCAAUGGGAAUGACCCAGCCGCUUUCUCACUCCAAUCAGAUGCCGUCUCCGAAUGCCAUGGGGCCCAGCAUACCUCCUCACGGGGUCCCCCUGGGGCCGGGCUUGAUGUCCCACAAUCCUCUCAUGGGGCACGGGUCCCAGGAGCCUCCGAUGGCACCUCAAGGACGGAUGGGCUUUCCCCAGGGCUUCCCUCCAGUACAGUCUCCCCCCCAGCAGGUUCCUUUCCCCCACAACGGUCCCAGUGGGGGGCAGGGCAGCUUCCCAGGAGGCAUGGGUUUCCCCGGAGAAGGCCCCCUGGGCCGCCCCAGCAACCUGCCCCCGAGUUCAGCAGACGCAGCACUUUGUAAGCCUGGAGGCCCGGGGGGGCCUGACUCUUUCGCUGUCCUGGGGAACAGCAUGCCUUCGGUGUUUACAGACCCAGACCUGCAGGAGGUCAUCCGACCUGGAGCCACCGGCAUCCCCGAAUUCGAUCUGUCUCGCAUCAUUCCCUCGGAGAAGCCCAGCCAGACACUGCAGUACUUCCCUCGCGGGGAAGUCCCCGGCCGCAAACAGCCCCAGGGGCCUGGGCCUGGCUUUUCGCACAUGCAGGGGAUGAUGGGCGAGCAAGCCCCCAGGAUGGGACUGGCAUUACCUGGCAUGGGAGGUCCAGGCCCCGUGGGAACUCCAGACAUCCCUCUUGGCACAGCUCCAUCCAUGCCAGGCCACAACCCAAUGAGACCACCAGCCUUUCUCCAGCAAGGCAUGAUGGGACCGCACCAUCGGAUGAUGUCACCAGCACAAUCGGCAAUGCCCGGCCAGCCCGCCCUGAUGAGCAAUCCAGCUGCAGCCGUGGGCAUGAUCCCUGGCAAGGAUCGGGGACCGGCCGGGCUCUAUCCCCACCCUGGGCCCGUGGGCUCUCCGGGCAUGAUGAUGUCCAUGCAGGGCAUGAUGGGACCCCAACAGAACAUCAUGGUCCCCCCACAGAUGCGGCCCCGGGGCAUGGCCGCCGACGUGGGCAUGGGCGGAUUCGGUCAAGGACCUGGCAACCCAGGAAACAUGAUGUUUUAAGCUGCUACAAUUGGAUGUGCCGAUCCUCGUCCGGAUGAGAUUUCAGUCCUGAGGGCUGCUUAGGGGCCCCAGGAGACUGUCAGUCAUGCAAUAGGAGAACAGAGACCCGAGGGCUGCUUUGGGGGAGGGGGGAACUCGAGAAUGUAUGGAUUUACCAGAAAACAAAUGAUUCAUUUAAUCAACAGGUGUGUGUUUUUUAAGAUUUAUUUUUUAAAGAUUAUUUUUGUGGACUUGGGUAUCCCAUGAUGGCGCCUCCUUUUGGGAAUCUGUAGCCGUGCUUUAGAAUUGCCAUCGGUCACGUGUUGCACCGUUCUCUGUAUGUUUACGUCCUUUGGACUGGCUUCUCCCAGGAUUCUUUUCUGGUUUUGUUUCCGCUUUGGGCUUUAUUUCUGCGUGUACUGUACUAUAUUGUAAAAGGGAUUUUAGCAGAGACGGAAGUCUUUGGGACGCGAGGAGAACAGGAUGCUGGGCUGUUUACUUUAGGUGGAGAAUCCAUCUUCAGACCUUUGGACUAUUUUCAACUCCAGUGUACAGAAAAACCAAACUACGACCUCAGAGCAGAGUAUUAAUGAAAAGCACAAAAAAAGGAACUAAGUUCAGCGAGGGGUGGGGGGAGGGGGAAAUAUUUUCUUUUUAAAAAUCAUGACAUUUAGGACAUUUUGUUUUUCAGUUCAAGAGUCUUCAGCACUGUCUCCCCGUCUGCAAACCCACCGUCCGUUCUCUCGUUUUCCCUCCCCUCCUUCCCACCUCCUUGGUUAGCAUUUCCUUCCCUCGUGUCCCCAGGGGCGGCCCCUGCUUCCCUCUUCUCUGUCCCCUUUGGCAGCUGCAAUACACGGUGUUAUUUUGGGGAAGUAACCCGACAGACUCCUUCAUGCCGGCGGCCUCCUGGCUUCGGGGGGAAGCCCGUCUUUGGAAUCUCCAGGGUCUUCUUUCCCUUCGUCUUUUCUUCCCCAGUAUACCUUGCUUUUUGUUCUUUUAUUAGGAAUUCCCAAGUGAAUUUUAUUAAUGUGGGAGUGGAACAGAUGCUAAAAGCUACCCAGGAUUUUGUUUUUAAUUUUGUGGUUCCUCCCCUCCCCGCUCCCAUGCGUAAAACGUUCUGUGUAACCUCCAUUAAAUUUGGUACAAAACCACUCACCAGAGCUGUGGUGUCAGAAAAUAAAUAUAUUGUUUCUUACAAAAGUGAA